CCCCUUCGUUGUUACCAGACAACAAAAACAAACAACACAGCAGCAGCAGCCACGCCUCCCACCAUAGUCCAGCGCCAGCACAUCCAUUCACUCUUUCACAUACCCGUUGUAAAAUGGCUGACGCGACAAACGUGGGCGCCUCCAAGCCGGAGGAGACCAAGGUGGAGGACACUGGCAACAAGGUCGACGCGCCACCUGCAUCUGAGACACCAGCCCAGGCUGACCAGGCCCUGCCCGUCGAGGCCCCGGCUGAGCCUUCACCGGCUGCCACCGCCACCGCCACCGAGGAGAAAGCCACCACGGCUGAGGCGCCCAAGGAGGACGCUGCUGGUGCUACCGAGUCUGCCGCUCCCGCUCCCGCUCCCGCUCCCGCUCCCGCUCCGGUGGCUACGGAGGCUAAGGCGGAUGAAGCCAAGCCCGCCGAGGAGGACAAGAAGGAGGCAUCCAAGGGCGAGGUUGAGGGUGACACCGAGACCAAGCCCGCCGCUGACGAGGCUGCUGCGGCCACCGAGAAGGAGCCCGCGGCCGCGGCCAAAGAAGCGACCCCAAAGAAGACCCCCUUCGAGGAGUUUGACGCUAAGGUCGCCGAGAUCGUGGGUGAGGUCGGUCACGAUGAGAUGUGGGGGGUCAAGCUUGUCACUCCUGCCGCGUCCCACGUCCCCACCCAGAUCGUCAUCCAGAAGUUCCUCAAUGCCAAUGACGGCGACCUGGCCAAGGCGAUUGACCAAUUCAAGGGCGCGCUCAAGUUCCGCAAGGAUAAGCAGCCCCUCGAGCUGAUGAAGAAGUCUUUCAGCUCCGCCAAGUUUGCCGAUCUUGGUGCUGUCACGGUGUACCCCGUCAAGGACAGCAGUCUGCCCGAGGUCUUCACAUGGAACCUGUACGGAAAUGUGAAGGGGAAGAUCGAGGAGGCAUUCACACCACUAGAUGAGUUCAUGGACUACCGGAUCGCCCUGCAGGAGCUCGGCAUCCAACAGCUCAAGCUCUCGGAGGCAACUGAGCCAAUCACUGCCGAGAAUGAUCCCUACAAGAUCAUGCAGGUGCACGACUACAAGAAUGUGUCGUUCUUGCGCCGUCCUCCAGCGGUCAAGGCCGCCAGUGAUGAAGUGAUCAAGAAGUUUUCUCUGGCAUACCCUGAGCUGCUGAAGGCAAGACCCCAAUCCGCCAUCAAAUUCUUCGUCAACGUCCCUGCCGUCAUGGGCUGGAUGUAUGCAGUCAUCAAAGUGUUCAUCGCCCCGAAGACGGCCAAGAAAUUCCACCCAAUGGCCAACGGCGCCAACCUGGCUGCUGAGUUCAAGACCAGCGGGCUGGACGAGAAACAGCUGCCCAAGGAGUACGGUGGUGAGGGCGGAUCCGGUGACGGCAAGAUGAAGGAUAUCCCCGGCUUGGUCAAUGAGCUGAAGUUCGAGUAG